AAGCCAUAAUGCAGUAGUGCAGCGAAAAAGAACAGGCUUUUUAACUUAUUGCACUAGUUCAGCAAUGCAGCUGAAAAGAACAGAUCACAGAUGUGAUGUUUGUCAACAUAAAUAUAACGAUGUCAUAAUUUUCUUGACAUAGAAUUUAUACAUUUUUUCAUGUAAUCGAGACUGUAUGAUAUGAGUUUUAUAAUUAAAUGAGACUUUAUGACUAAUCUUAAGGUUAGAGAAAGGUUAAAGAAGUUUUGUUUUGUAACGCCGGGACGCUUCAGCGCGUCCCAUUUGCAAUACUUGAAUCUGUACGAGGAUGUCGGCGCAUGUUAUGUGCUUAACUUCCUCUGGAGGAAUUCCUCUGUUUACACGCCACAAUGGAGAUGGCGAUACAAUGACAUUUUCAAAAAUAGCGUCUCUCAAUGGAGUUCACAUGUUCUUGAAGUCACAAGAUAUUACUUUAUUGAGUACAGAUUUGCCAGAUACAACUGUAGUAUGGAAAGAAUUUGAAGACUGUAUCAUACUGAUAGUAAUUGCCAGUGGAGUGACCAAGUAUGUAUUGGAUAAAUUCUUGGAUGCUACUUUUGGCGCAAUGAUUCUUUUCACUGGUAUCGAUGAAAUGAAAAACACUAAAAAUAUAGAGAGGCUCAAGAAGGAUAUGCGUCUCUGUGGUCCUAUCAUAGACAGACUAAUGGAUUGUCUGGAUAUAGGAGACAAAAUUUCAGCAAAAACUGACAUGGUCAAUAUGACAGAGUGCAUCAUAUCUCCUGAGAAUCAUUUGCUUCAGACUUCUUUAGAAGGAUUCAUGGAAUGCUUGGACUCAAUAUACGGCUGCAUUUUGGUGCAUGGUUGUGUGGCAGUUGCUACAGAAGGCUGGUGGUCCCUAGAUCCUGUAGAGAGGAAAUUGCUAACAAUAGCGAUUACUACUGAGAGUAUCUGUACUACUCGUGACAUUCCAGUGUUCUUACCACGUAAGAGCCCAAAUGUGGCGUUCAGAUUGGUGUCUAUAUCUCUGAUCAACCACGUGGAAAUUCUGGCAUUAUGCGGGCCAAAUCCGGAGUUAACGGAGAUCGAGAGGUUUGCCGUGCAGUGCUGGAAGGGCAAUAUCGAUGCGCUGUGUGCCUCCGAGCAAUGUUAUCCGCGGAAUUUACCUGCAUCGAUAUCUUUAGACAGCGAGACGCUCGGAUUUCUGCUGGCGAACUACAAGGUGGAGAAAUUCGUGCUCGGCAGGAAUUCACAGUGCGCGAAGAAUCGCGUGGCGGGCUCUCACCGAUUGGACAUACUGCGAACGUUUUAUCAUCAGGCCGUCGAGACUUUCGCGCUGUCGGCCGAACGCGACGAUAACAACGGCGAGGGGACGAGCGCAGGCGCGUGGAGAUUCACCGGAGCGAAGGAGACGUAUUUAUGCUCCGAAUAUCACAAGUGCCACGCCGUCAGGCACGGCGACCACGUGCUUUGCGUUCUGUACACGUCCGCCGUGCCGACUCACACCAUGAGACUGAUCAGCCAGAAGAUACUGAAGACUGUGUUUAGCGAUAAGCAAGGAUAUUGAACGUUCAUUGCGAGCGCGAACGAACGAGCAUGCACACCAGGCGCCACCUAGGUCUACCUUUAUUCCUCGAAACUUGUCGGCAAGGUGCGAAUACGAUUUCAAGGCAGCAAGGGGAGAAAAACAGAGGGCAG